UAAAACCUUAAUCUCGUGAAACCGAAAGAAACCCUAGCUCUCGUCCCGUCCCACACGGUAAAAAAAAAAAAGAAAAAAAAUUGAAUUUCCAGAAAACAAAAAUUAUCGAGAAAUUAAUUUCAAAAAUCGACAAAUCUAUUAGGGUUUCAUAUCGAAAUCCCUAGAUUCAAACCCUAGGCGACGCUCGUACUCUUGAUAUUCACGAUUCAGCGGAGAAAUUGAUGUUAUUUGAUAUACCGAUCCAGAUCUGAAAAAUGUGUGAUGGGAAUGUGAAAAGUGGGGGAUUGGGGUUUCCCUGUUUGGAUUGAGGGAUUGUUGAUGGAAAAUAGAAUAGGAAACUCUCAUGGAGCGGAAAUUCCUAAGAAAUCAAGAUCUUUGGAUCUUAAGAGUUUGUAUAAAUCUGGUGAUUCUAAGGAAUCUUCUAAAAAUAAGGGUUUGAAGAGGAAAGAUAGUUCUCAAGAAGGUGAUGAUGAGAAGAGGACUAGUAAUAAUAACAAGAGAAAGAAGAGUAGGAAAGCUUUGCCUCUCAGUAGUUUUAGAACCGUUGAUGGUAGCAAUAGUAGCAAGAGUUUAACAGAAGUGUAUAAUGGGGGGUUCAGUACGGGGUUGCAUGAUUCGGAUAGUUUGAAGAAUUUGGGUUUGAGUCAGAAAUUAAAAAAUGGUUGUGGUGCUAAUGGCAUUUCACUUAGUUUGGGUGACAGUGUUACUAGGAUCCCAAGGCGUAAACGUGGGUUUGUGGGGCGGAACAAGUUUGAGGGUGGUCAAAGGUUGAAGUUGGCAGGGCGAUCUAGUAGUACAGUUGUUGAUGUUAAAGAGGAAGUGAAGUUAACCAGUGAAGAUUCUGGCACUCAGAAUGAGUCUUCCAAGGUUAAACAGAAGAAGUUUAUUGAUGAUUUUAAGGAAAAUAGAAACAGUGAGUCAAGUUUAGUUCAGCAUUUAAAGGAAGAAGAUGGUGUUGCUGCUUACUCAGCUGUAAAUGAUGGUGACUCUUUGUUAAAAAAAUCACAGAGGAAUCCUAGGAAGAGGAAGGAUUCGGUGAAGGGUGGUAAAAGUAUUGCAAAGAAGGCUGAGAUUUUAGUUGGUUCUUCUGUUAAGACAUGUGAUGAUUUGAAAGAAGAUGAUGAAGAGAAUCUUGAAGAGAAUGCAGCAAGGAUGUUAUCAUCACGGUUUGACCCGAGCUGUACUGGCUUUUCUUCAAACAGCAAAGUCUCUGUAUCACCAUCUGAGAAUGGAUUUUCUUUUCUCUUAUCUUCUGGUCAGAAUGCUAGUUCUGGGUCUAAGACUUUGUCUGGUUCCGAAUCUGCAUCUGUUGAUGCUUCUGGUAGAGUGUUGAGACCAAGGAAAAGUCAUAAAGAGAAGGGCAACUCGAGGAAAAGGCGCCAUUUUUAUGAAAUUUACUCUGGAGAUUUGGAUGCGUACUGGGUGUUGAACAGAAGAAUCAAGGUGUUUUGGCCUUUGGACAAGAGUUGGUAUUAUGGCCUUGUCAAUGAGUAUGACAAAGAGAGAAAGCUUCACCAUGUAAAAUAUGACGAUCGUGAUGAGGAGUGGAUAAAUUUACAGAAUGAGAGGUUUAAACUCUUGCUUUUUCCCAGUGAAGUUCCCAGCAAGUCUGAGCGGAAAAGAUCCCGGCGAAAUAGGUGUUCUGAUCAUAGAAUCAGGAACUUGAAGCUCAACAGGGAGGAGAAGAGAAAUGUCGUGACAGAAGAUGACAGUGGUAAUGGGAGCUAUAUGGAUUCCGAGCCAAUUAUCUCCUGGUUGGCACGCUCUAGUCAUCGUGUCAAAUCCUGCCCUUUGCGUGCUGUGAAGAGACAGAAAACAACUGCCUCAUCUCAUAGUUCUCCGGGCCAACCGAUGUUGUGUGAUGAGGCGGUGGAUGAAAACAGUUGUCUCUACGGGGUUUCAUUGAGAAUGGACAAAAUUAAAUUGUCUGGUGCCUCUGCAUUGUCAGACAGACCAGUUGAUGGCAUUAGGGUUGAGGAUUCUUCCUUGGGUAGCACCAGUUGCCUCAAAGACAGCAAACAUCCUAUCGUAUAUUUUAGAAGGCGGUUUCGAAGGACAGAGAAAGCAUUGUGUCAGGCUUCUGAAGGCAAUUGUGUUGCCAGUAGUGUAUCUGAAUCUAUAAAUUCCCUAGCUUCUGUUGAUGAAUUUCAGGAUUUGGGAGAACUUGAUGUUUGUCUGGGAAGGUUGGAUCCUGAAGGAGAUUUGUUGUUGAGUGAUAAUGCAGGGCAGUUACGAUUAAAUAUUUCUUUGUUUCGUACAAAACAAUUCAGGUUUGGGUUGAGCUUCCCUGUGUUCUCUGUCUCAAAUAACUUAUUUGGAACAGAGAGCUUUUCGCUGGUUCAUACUUUGUUCCUGCUUCAGUGUGGUACUGUGAUGACUAUCUGGCCAAUGGUUCAUCUGGAGAUCCUUUUUGUUGAUAAUGAAGUUGGGCUAAGGUUUCUUUUGUUUGAAGGUUCCCUGAAACAGGCUGUAGCUUUUGUUUUCCAGGUCCUGACGGUAUUUUAUCAACCUACUGAGCAGGGGAAGUUUGCUGAUCUGCAGUUGCCUGUAACUUCAAUCAGGUUCAAGUUUUCUUGCUCUCAAGAUUUUAGGAAGCAGAUUGUCUUUGCAUUUUACAAUUUCCAUGAAGUGAAGCAUUCAAAAUGGAUGUUCUUGGAUUCUAAGCUGAAAAGACAUUGUCUGAUCAAUAGGCAAUUACCUCUGUCUGAGUGCACUUAUGAUAACAUUAAGGCGCUUCAAAAUGGAACUAAUCAGCUACUUAGUUCUCCUGCUUACAAAGACUCCUCAUCACUUGAGGGUUUAAGGAGGAGAAGGUAUAGGCAGGGUAUCAGCCUUAUGGGUGUCUCCAGAGAACCUAGUUUUCUGAAAGGUGGCCAAUUUACUUCCAGUUCUGAGAAGAAGCACAGAAAUCUUCCUCUGUUUGCCCUUUCUUUUGGUGCUGCACCUACUUUCUUUCUUAGUCUGCAUCUUAAGCUACUUAUGGAACAUAGUGUUGCCCACAUCAGCUUUCAGGAUCAUGACUCCAUUGAGCAACCAGGAAGUUCUGGCAAUUUGAUGGUGGAUGACAGUUCUAAUAGAGAGGACUCUGUGGACAAAAGUUUUGACAGUAGUAGUGUAGAGAAAAAUCUGAAGGCUUCAUCAAAGGAUGCUGGUUCUGACACUGAGUUAACAACUCUUGAUCUCUCUGUUUGUGGUGAUGAACAUUGGAAAAAGUCUUCACAGAAGUAUGAAAAUGGUGAUCAAACUAUUGAUAGAACUUCUGCCAGCUCUCAGGAACCUGAAGAAGUUGGAGCCACGGCUAUUGUUCCAUUACAGAAGCAACAAUGUGCCCAUUCAGAGUCUGAGCAACUUGUUUUGUCAUCAAAGUCACUAGUUGAUGGUGAUAGGAACAAUGCAGAGUCUAAUUCCGUUUUGAAUGGUAUUAGGGUCGAGAUCCCAUCCUUUGAUCAAUAUGAAAAGCAUAUUGAUGGUGAAUUACCCAGUUCUCAACAGUCUACUGAUUUGACUUGGAAUAUGAACGGUGGCAUUAUCCCAAGUCCUAAUCCUACUGCUCCUAGAAGUACAUGGCAUCGGAAUAGAAGUAGUUCUUCAUCGAUUGGUUAUAAUGCCCAUGGAUGGUCAGAAGGAAAGGCUGAUUUCUUCCACAAUAAUUUUGGAAAUGGACCUAAGAAGCCACGAACCCAGGUAUCAUACUCAAUGCCCUUUGGAGGUUUAGAUUACAGCUCAAAAAAUAAAGGCCACCACCAGAGAGGUCUUCCUCACAAGCGAAUUAGGAGGGCUAAUGAGAAGAGGUCUUCUGAUGUUUCUAGAGGUUCCCAAAAAAACUUGGAGUUAUUAUCUUGUGAUGCAAAUUUACUAAUUACCCUUGGUGACAGAGGAUGGAGAGAAUGUGGAGCACAGGUUGCGCUAGAGCUUUUUGAUCAUAAUGAAUGGAAGCUGGCUGUGAAAGUUUCAGGGUCUACGAGGUACUCUCACAAGGCACAUCAGUUCCUGCAGCCUGGGUCUACCAAUCGUUAUACGCAUGCUAUGAUGUGGAAAGGUGGAAAGGAUUGGAUCUUGGAGUUCACUGAUAGGAGCCAGUGGGCUCUUUUUAAGGAGAUGCAUGAAGAGUGCUACAAUCGUAACAUUCGUGCUGCUUCGGUUAAGAACAUUCCUAUUCCUGGGGUUCGCUUGAUAGAGGAAUAUGAUGAAAAUGCAGAAGUGACAUUUUUUCGCAGUUCUUCCAAAUACUUGCGGCAGGUUGAAACAGAUGUUGAGAUGGCUUUGGAUCCAUCCCGUGUUUUAUAUGACAUGGAUAGUGAUGAUGAACAGUGGAUUUCAAGAAUUCGCAGAUCUUCAGAAAGUGAUGUUAGCAGCAGCUCAUUCGAAUUUUCUGAUGAAUUGUUUGAGAAGACAAUGGACAUUUUUGAGAAGGCUGCCUAUACUCAGCAGUGUGAUCGGUUUAAUUCUGAUGAAAUACAAGAGCUCAUGGCUGGAGUUGGGUGCAUGAAGGUAAUCAGACCCAUCUAUGAGCAUUGGCGACAGAAGAGGCAGAGAGUUGGAAUGCCUUUAAUUCGGCAUCUCCAGGCGCCAUUGUGGGAACGGUAUCAACAGCAAGUGAGAGAGUGGGAGCUAUCUAUGUCAAAAGUUAACCCUAGUCUUCCCAAUGGAUGCUCAGAUAAGGUUCCAUCCAUUGAGAAGCCGCCUAUGUUUGCUUUCUGUUUGAAACCCCGGGGUUUGGAAGUGCCAAACAAAGGCUCAAAACAAAGAUCUCAGCGGAAAAUUUCAGUUUCUGGUCAAAGCAGCCAUGUGUUGGGAGAUCAUGAGGGUUGUCAUUCCUUUGGUAAUGUUCUUUACAAUUUCACUUUCAUCUGGCUUUUUGUAAUUUUCUUUGUGAGUCUUACUUUAUAUGUUGUCAUUUCAGGAAGAAGAUCAAAUGGAUUCCUGUUUGGGGAUGAAAAGGUUCUAUAUCCUGUGCAUAACUAUGAAUCUUUAGAAGAUUCGCCACUGUCUCAGGCAUCACCAAGGGUAUUUUCACCACGUGAUGUAGGCAGCAUGGGAUAUUUCUCCAUGGGCAGUGAUGGGUUUAAUAAGAAAUAUCACCAGAAACUUCAAAGGAGCAAGUCAAAGAAAUUUGGCAAUUUUCUAUCAUCAAAUGACACACAAAUGAUGGCUUCAUAUAGUCAGAGACUAAUGGGCAAGAGAAAUGGAAUUCGUCAGUGGAACAUGGGCUUUUCUGAGUGGCAAAGCCAGCGGCAUUCGUUCUCAGAUGGCUUUCAAAGGCAUGCCCCCGAACAGUUGGAUAAUUCUGAUAUUGAUGAGUUCAGGUUGCGUGAUGCAUCUAGCGCAGCCCAGCAGGCACUUAAUGUGGCCAAGGUCAAAAGAGAGAGAGCUCAGAGAUUGCUUUUCAGAGCAGAUCUGGCAAUUCACAAGGCUGUGGUUGCUCUCAUGACUGCAGAGGCAAUCAAAGAAUCUUCUGAGGACUUCAAUGGUGAUGGGUAGAAUGACCUGAUGAAAUAUGGAGGGUGGACAGAACGAAAUUAGCCAGCACCAUGCAUUUCUGGAAUUGAAGAGUACCUAAAGAAUUGACAUUGUUUUUGCUGGAAUGGGUCUGGUUUUUCCAUUCUCGGUGAUGGUGGCCAGGAGUUGUUGAUUGAUCCAUUGUAAAAGUUCUAACAGGAGAGCUGUGAGCAGUAAGAGUAGUACUUUGCUUCUGCUACAUAUCGUGGCAGUGUUUUUUUGUGCAACUUCACAGCUUUUUCGGUCAGUAGGUUUUGUUAAUCCCAGCAGCAGGUUACCAGUUGAGUGCAACUGUUGUUUGAUCCUGCGGGUAAGGGGUGUAUGGAAUUUUGGCAGCCGAUCUUUGUACAGAUAUAUUUUUUUUUCCUUACCUCUUAUUUUGUUCGAUUUUCCCCCUUAGCCUUGAUGUCAGAGUAGCAGUUGGCCCAAAUAAUACAGCACCCCUUUGAAUCAAAUCACAAUCUCCUGUCUGAUUGAAAUGUUUGGAGCAUUUCGUAGGUAUGUAUCAACAAAAAGCGCACAUCUGAAAUGAGGAAAUAGAGAAUGCUGUAAGUAAUUAUCUUUAUAAAUUUUCACAGAGAUUCAUUAGAGGAUGAGAAUCUUUUGUUGCUUCUCAUUGAUUCAUGUGUCUUAUUGAUUUUGAUUUGUCUGAAGCAAUGGAUGAUUUGGGAAGCGUUCAUGUAUAGCCUGUUCCUUGUUUUUCUGUAUUGCUUCUAGAAAUAACAGCAAUAUGUCCUAGACAGAAGCAAUAUAUCCUUCAUAAUUUUACUUAUUUAAUGUCUGGAAAAUUUUCGAACUAUGUAUUUCCUCCAUA